AGAUUCAUAUGUCAUAAAAGAAAAUAUAUAUUCAUAUGUAUGUAUGUGCAUAUUCAUUCAAUUUCAAUGCUCAAUAUGCUUUUCAAAAAUACCAGAAUAGUGACGGCGGCAUUGAAGCAUAGAAGUCCAUUUUUCAAUGAUACUCAUUUCAGAGGGAAGAACUUUGGUAGUGGAACUAGUGUUGAUAAAACCAAAGAAAGAAACUACCGGAAGGAAAGCGAUACUUUUGGAGAACUUCAAGUUCCUGCUGAUAAGUAUUAUGGAGCUCAAACUCUUCGCUCUAAAAUGAAUUUCCCUAUUGGAGGAAAAAGAGAACAAAUGCCGAAAGAAAUAAUAAUUGCAAUGGGAAUAUUAAAAAAAGCCUCCGCCGAGGUGAAUAGAGAAUAUGGGUUAAAUAGCAAGAUAGCUGAAAAUAUUUCUAAGGCUUGCGACGAGUUAAUAUCAGGUAAAUUAUACAAAGACCAUUUUCCGUUAGUUAUCUGGCAAACAGGAUCUGGUACGCAAACAAAUAUGAACUGCAAUGAAGUUAUAAGUAAUCGUGCUAUCGAACUAAUGGGUGGUGAAUUGGGUUCCAAAAAGCCUGUCCACCCAAAUGAUCAUGUUAACAUGUCACAGAGUUCAAACGACACGUUUCCUGCUGCAAUUCAUAUUUCUGUGGCAAUGCAACUUAUCAAUACACUCAAACCGAAUAUUGAAUUUAUGCGGGAUGGUUUAAAACUAAAAUCGGAAGAAUUUAAGGAUAUAAUAAAAAUUGGACGAACACAUACAAUGGAUGCUGUACCUUUAACGCUGGGUCAGGAGUUCAGUGGUUAUACACAACAAAUGACUUAUGCUCUCCAACGAAUCGAUGCAUGCCUUCCCCGAGUAUAUGAAAUUGCUCUUGGUGGAACAGCUGUGGGGACAGGGCUUAACGCUCCCAAAGGAUUUGCUGAGAAAGUUGCGAAACGAAUUGCGGAAUUGACAUGCUUACCAUUUGUAUCUGCACCGAAUAAAUUCGAAGCGCUAGCAGCACGUGAUGCAAUGGUAGAAGUGAGUGGUGUUUUGAAUACAAUCGCAUGCAGUGUGUAUAAAAUAGCUAACGAUAUACGCUUCCUCGGUUCUGGACCACGAUGCGGUCUUGGUGAGUUGAUGUUACCCGAAAAUGAACCGGGUAGUUCAAUUAUGCCAGGAAAAGUAAAUCCCACGCAAUGUGAGGCAAUUACGAUGGUUGCCGGACAAGUUAUUGGUAAUCAUGUCGCAGUUACUAUAGGAGGAUCUAAUGGACAUUUUGAGUUGAAUGUUUUCAAGCCAUUGGUGGUCUCGAAUGUGCUCCGUUCUAUUCGACUACUAUCUGAUGCCUGUCGGACUUUUACCUGUAAUUGCAUAAAAGAUAUUCAUCCGAACAAAGAUCGCAUUAAUAAGAUAAUGAACGACUCUUUAAUGUUGGUGACAGCAUUAAACCCACAUAUUGGUUACGAUAAAGCUGCGCAAAUAGCUAAAACGGCUCACAAGAAUGGCACUACUCUUAAAGAAGAAGCAAUCAAUUUAGGUUACUUAACUGAACAACAAUUUAAUGAAUGGGUAAAACCACAAAAUAUGCUUGGACCGAAAUCAAUGAAACGGAGUGAUAAACUGAAUAAGUAACCGUUAUAUCCUAGGUACAUAUAUUAAUCAUACAUAUCAAUUUAAAUAUUGACUGUCACAAACUCCCUUACAAAUAAAGGCUAUUUAAAUUACACAGGCCAAGAAAAAAAUAUUGUCACUGUCAGGCUAUCAGCUUUAGUUUUUUAGAUAUUAGUUAUAGUUAACAAGUAAGGAAAGGCUAAGUUCGGAUGCAACCAAACAUUUUAUACUCUCGCAAUUUAUUGAUGUAAUUUUAUAAAGAUAAUACAAUUCGACCCAUAUAUUCAGCAUAAAGUCCAAUAGAAUAACGAAAAUCAUCAUAUAUAGUAUAUAAGGGCUGAGGUGAUUCCUGAACCGAUUUUACUCAUUUUCACCAACAAGAAAAAAUAUAUCGAAGACUAUAAACUUACUUAAUUUUGCUAAGAUAUAUCGCAUAUUAAACGAUUUAUAAAACCCAUCCUAUUUUUGAAAGACCUAUAAUUAGGAAUAUGGGAUCUAGGAAAAUUUAUGACCUGAUUUUAAACAUUUUUGGUAGAGAGACAAACUAUUAUAAGAAAGAGAUUACCUGUGAAUUACAUUUAAAUAUCUGAGAGAUUUACCUAUAUUUUCGGUGAAAAAUUAACCUUAUUGACUGAGUUCUUCAUAUUCGAUAUCCGGGGCGUUGAAAAUUUAUAGUCCGAUUUCGACAAUUUUUCCACAAGUCAAGCCACAUAUUUGUGUAAAGUUUUAUUCCCUUAUCUCCAUUGGUUCCUAAUGCAUAUAUUAUGAAGUGAACGAAUCAGAUGGAAAAAAUUUAGUGUUAUGGGAAGUAGGCGUGCUUGUGAACCGAUUUCGCCCAUUUUCCAUCCGUGUUAUCAAGGUGUCAAGAAAAUAUAUACCGAAUUUCAUUGGAAUCGGUGAAGUAGUUCAAUAUGGCUACGCCCAUUAUCCAUUUUGUAAAAAAAUCUGAGUGCAGCUUAUUUCUGCCAUUUCUUCUGUAAAAUUUAGUGUUUCUGACGUUUUUCGUUAGUAAGUUAACUCACUUUUAGUAAUUUUCAACAUAACCUUUGUAUGGGAGGUGGGCGUGGUUAUUAUCCGAUUCCUUUAAUUUUUGGACAGUAUUAAGAUGUGGCUAAAAGAAACGACUGGCUUAUAUAGCUUUAUUGGUUUUCGAGAUAUAUACAAAAAACCUAUUUGGGGUAUUUCAACUUCCCGGAUUUUAACUUCACUCGUCAUCCUGAUCAUUUAUAUAUAUAUAUAACCCCAUGUCUACCUCUUUUAAUUUUGCGUGAUACAAACAACCGUUAUGUGAACAAAACUAUAAUAUUUAAGUUUAAAAUUUUACACAAUGGAAACAAAUACAAAUUGGUCACUCAACAACUAUGAAAGAAGCAUACGACACUAUUGCUUUGGUAUUGAUAAAAAUAAAGUACACUGAGCAUCAAUGGGUAAUUUGUGUGGACUUAAAAAUGGUAAGUUUCCUUAUGAGUCUGCCAUGCUUUCUGUACAUAUGGGAUGGGUUAUUAACGACUCCUUAAUUGAACGAGACAAAAUCUUAUUCCCACCACUUCAUAUUAAAGUGGGCCUAAUGAAACAGUUGUGGAAUGCUUGGACCCCUUUUGUUUCUGUUGUUCAAAAUUUUCUGGGAAUUUUCAAGACUGACAAAUACAAUCAAGUGGUCAACAAGAGGCUCGACAGUUUUAGAUCCCUUGUGUGCAACAUGUUAGUGUUAUUGAACAAAUAUUUUUAUAUGUUGAACAUUAUUGAGACAUCGUAUUUCUUUAAGUGAAUGAAAAAUUCUGAUUUGAUGGGGCGAAUAGACGGUUUUGAUGAAUAGAGAUUUGAUAGAUGAAUUUUAUGUGGCAUAUCAAUUUACAUAAAAGAUAACUGGAAUGCUAUAAAGUUUUAUUUUGAAGACAACUAACCUUAUUAUGGGCUAUUGACGGGGUUAUUAUCUUAUUUUUUUCACAUGGUAUAAUGAGAUACUGAACGGAUAUGUUUACCGCAUGUUUGCUGGAUAAAGCUGUAGUAGUUUGCUAGUACAUAAAUCCUAUUAGGAGCGGGUCACACCGAAUAACUUUAAAGUUUGUUAUAGUACUUUAUGAUCUGAUUUGCUAAAUGCUGUUAUUAUGCUAUCAGUGUGUGUGUACAUGUACGAUCAUGUCUAUAGUUUAGCGCCUUCAAAGAUCAGUAGCGAAUUUGUAAAAUAGCAUUGACCACUUGGAAAGGCAUAUCAACCUUAUUUGCUGAUCAAACGGUUGAACCUCAAAUUAUAUACAUUAUGUUUGGUGUUUUCAGUUUAAGAGAACACAUUACAUGCGAUCACGUUCCAUGCCAAAGUCACCUUACUAAUAUUAAAUUUAUACCUGCUUUGCAUUUGACUGAGCUUUUUACGAAUAUGCGAACAUUAAAGUGAUCAGGGAGAAUUUAAUUUUAACGUAUUGAAGUUCAAACAAACGUUUUCCAGGUUUGACGAUAAGAACAUUUGUAUGCAUACCUUGAUACAUGUAUAUGUACGAGUACAUGUACGUUUACGUACAUACGUAUAUAUAUAUGUAUAUAGAUACAUAUAUGAGUUCGUAACAAUGCUACCAAAACACCACCAACGUGCCAGUUAGCUCACCUGACGAAUCUUAAUUGGCAAUUGGACAUGGGUGUAAUAUAAAUAUUUAUACGAGUGGGUACAUAUACUUAUCUACGUUCAUAUAUAUGAAUAUAUGUAAUAUGAAUAUGAGAUUUUUAACUCUUUGACUCGCAGCUUGUUUCAAAUCCAUUUUCUACAAUUUGAACCAGACUAUUAGAAGAAAAAGAUUCCCUAUGAAUUACAUUAAAAUAUCUUAGAAAUUUACCGAUAUUUUCGUUGAAGAAUUACUCAUAGGCACUGAAUUCUUGAAGGUCCUUGAAAAGUUAUAAUCCGAUCUCGACAAUUUUUUCUCAAGUGAUGUCACAGCUCAAAUACAGUAUUUGUGUAAAAUUUUAUUCCGCCAUCUUCAUUGGUUCUUAAUGUAUAUAUUAUAAAGUGAAGGAAUAAGAUGGAAUUCAAGAUUGAGUUACAUGGGAAUUGAACCCAUUUUUCAUCGGUGUCAUCAGGGUGUUAAGAAAAUAUUAUAUGUAUACUAAUUUUCAACAUAACCUUUGGCCCGUAAAGAAAGUGACUAGGGCACAAUAGGUAGGGCACAACCGUAGGUCGCAGUACAAUCCUCAAAUAAAAUCUAAGGGAAGUGACUGCAGAGAAAGUUUUGUAUAUAUGGCUUUAUUAGUUUGGGAGAUAUACCCACUCACAUAAGUAUACAUACGGUAACGAUUUUGGCCAUAUUUUAAAACAAAUCAAUAAAAAUGUAGUUUUGAUUUCACUAUUUGUAUCUAAUUUAUUUAAAGAUAUAACGCUUAAUAAAUUAGUUUGAACAAAUUGAUUAUUUGGGGCCGGGCCACGCCAACUACAUCCAAAUAUGCCAGUUCUUAGUAUAAUCCUCUGUACCAAAUAUUACUUUUAUAACUGUACUAGCAGACCGCUCCGGCUUCGCACGGGUUUAAACAAACAUUUCAAAAGUUAUAAGUUUUACACUCUCCCAUACAUAUGCAUCCCGUUUCCCCGUUGAGGAAAAUUCGAACAUGAAAUUAUACUUUAUUUGCAAUGAGCUUAAACUUGAUUAGUUCGACGCCAGUGCGGGCUUGUAGAUUUCUAAUAUUUUGUUCUUCAAGCGAUUUUCAGUUUCAGAAUAAGAUUCUCCAUCACGGAGUCGUUGUGAUACCCUCAACUGGGUAUUAUUCCCAGACAGUUGAGAUUCUAGCAAUAAAUAUAGCCUAUGUUACUCUGGGUGAAUGUAGCUUUCUAAUGGUGAAAGGAUUUUUGAAAUCGUCACAGUAGUUUUUGAGUUUAUUCAUUACAAACAUAUAUACAAAUCUUUCCUCUUUAUAAUAGUAGUAUAGAUUUAUGACUUAGUUAUGGCACUUCAUAGGUUUUGGGUUUCUUUAGAAUAUCUAAGAGAUUUAACGGUAUUUUCAGUAAAAAAAUUAGCAGGAGACAAUGAGGUCCUCACAUUCGGGUUUCAGGGCUUUAAACAGAUAUACUCUGAUUUCAGCAAUUUUUAAAUAAGCAAUGUCGGACCUCCAAUGCAGUUAUUUCGCUAUUUUUAUUGGUGCUUCAUUUAUUGAAAGGUGAAUGUAUCAAAUGGAAAUCUAAUUUGUGUUAAAUGAGAAUUAGUCAUGGUUGUCAACCGAUUCCGUCCAUUUUCAAAUUGUAACAUCAGAAUAUUGGGGGAAUAUUAUGCAUCAAAUUUCUUGAAAUUUGUCGAGCAAUUUAAUAGUAGAAGUUUCUUGCCAUCUUUUAUUUGAUGUUUACAUUAUUAAUAGUAGUUUUAAAGUUUUUCGCACAUUUAGUAGUUUUCAACUUUUGUAUGGAGGGUGGAUGUGUUUAUUGUCCGAUUUCACCCAUUUUUAUAUAGUAUUACGAGGAAUUAUACACGUUUUAUGAACGUGUCUGUGAACUGGUUACACCAUAAUUGGUGUUAUAAUCAUCUUACUAUGGCGACUAAAGUCAGAUAAUAACUCACCGAAAUAACACCAUGAUUGUUGUAUCGAAGAACGUCAAUUUCCUUCGUUAUUGCCCAUUAUUAAUGUCGUUUUUUCCGAUGGUUUGUGGUUGAUAAAAUCAGGCAUAUGCAGUAAACUUCCAGUUCAACUGUGAAUGAAACACAAGGCUAUGAUUUGAAAAUACACUGAAGUUACAAGUUUUGUAAUCGCUU